AUCUAAUGGAAUAUUUUGUAAUCAUAAUCAUUUAUGCGCAAAUCCAUUAGCGUUAAAAUCAACAAUUUAUGACCUACAAUUCGGAAUAAUAUAUUGCGCAAUCAGAUUCCUUCAUUAUUUAUUUAUUAACAAGUUUUAUUUAUAUCAGUCUACAAUUUCGUGCUGAUUUCCACCCAUUUGAGUUCUAUAUUUUCAUCUUUGUUUUCCUGGUAAGGUCGCCGGCCAACGAUUUACCCUCUUCCGGCUUGUGGUCCGAAAUGGUUUCACCGGAAAACACGAAUUGGCUCUAUGACUACGGGUUCGAGGAUAUCGCUGUACCCGAUGGCAGUUUCUGCGCUCCUAAUUCAGGGGUUGCUUGGCCCGUGCUGGCCUUGAACGCCACAUCGAAUGCCUCCAGUGUUGCAGUUGAUGGAUCAUUUGGAGAACCAGAUGUUCCCAAGGAAGCUGGGACAAAGAAGCGUUCUAGGACUGAAUCUUUUGCUGCACCAUCCAGUUCCAAAGCAUGCAGAGAGAAACUACGAAGGGACAGGCUAAAUGACAAGUAUAAAUCUGCACUAUCAUGUUGCUGGUUUUCCCUUUACCUCUACCUCUUACAAUUGCUUUGUCCUGUUGUUAGGUUUAUAGAGUUGGGUGCUCUUCUUGAGGCAGGGAGACCUCCCAAGACAGAUAAAGCUGCUAUUUUGGUGGAUGCUGUUCGUAUGGUGACUCAACUAAGAGGUGAAGCUCAGAAGCUGAAAGACUCGAAUUCAAAUCUCCAGGAGAAGAUUAAGGAGCUGAAAGCUGAGAAGAAUGAGCUUCGUGAUGAGAAGCAAAGGUUAAAAGUGGAGAAGGAGAAUCUCGAGAAGCAGCUGAAGACAAUGAAUGUCAUGCAGCCAGGCUUUUUAGCGGGCCCUCCACCCAUUUCACCCAUUCCAGCUGCAUUUGCCCCACAAGGCCAAGCUGCCGGCAACAAACUGGUGCCAAUUAUCAGCUACCCAGGCGUCGCCAUGUGGCAGUUCAUGCCGCCAGCGGCUGUUGAUACGUCUCAGGACCAUGUGCUGCGCCCACCGGUAGCCUAAUGGUAUUGGCUGCUAGAUCAUGUGAUUGUGGUUUAAUUGUUAAAUAAUGUACUCUGCUGUAAUACAUUUUGCUCAACUGUCUAUCUAACUUGGAUAUAUCUAUCUGGUGAAUUGUGUUGACCUUCAGUCAUUGUUGAAGUUCAAAUAUAGUAUUUACUAUUUAGUUUAUGGUAGUUCUUGCCUUUAGUCAAACACUUACAAAUAUUCAGGCCAAUCAUAUAGUUAAACUUCAUGAUUGUAUGAUCGUUAUAAGGUAUUUCUACCAACGGUACAUGAAUAUAUAUUUUUUACUCUCUCUUCAUAUAGACA